UUUUUUUUUUUUGUUAGUCCCGUUCUCAACCUCUAAUUAACAGCGACGAUGAUCACCAUCAUUGUGAUUAUAUUGUUGAUAAUGAAAUAGGAUCAUCGUUGGUAGUGCAUUGUUUUAUGUAUUUAUUGUGGAGUAUCUAUUGAAUGUUUUCUUUAAUCUGUAUUUCGUAUAGGUGUACGGACAAGUUGUGCUGCCAGCGGCAAUAUCCAGGCCCAUGGAUCUGAAGGGGAGUGUUUAUCGAAUUAGGAAGUGUGCAUUUGAUUUACUAUCUCUUUGGAGCGACCUAAUGGAUGAUGAUGAGUCGUGGGAUUUGAUGGGACGGGAUAUUCAGCUAAAAUCAACAUUCCUAUACCUUGAUUUCAAUAAGGUGAUCUCUGGUGCACCUCAAGAUCAGAAGAAACCUCUUACCGAACUUGCCAAUAAACUAUUUUGCUCCAUUGAAGAGUUGGACCAUGCUGUGAAACUUCGAAGCAUGACGUUGACUCAAGAUCGAUACAAUGAAACUGCCGGCGUGUUAGAAGAGGUGAUAGCACUGGAGCCUCCGGGCACUUGACUUUCUUUCUGUUCUAGUUCAUGCAUGAGUCUGAAGCUUCCAUUAUUCUACACAUCUCUGCUUUGCAUAGAAAGAGUCCUUACAUUAAGGGAAAAAGUUGUAGCAGUUUAUGGACAAUUUGCCUGAAUCUUCAACAGUAUGUGACUACGCUCUGUAUAGAAAGAAUUCUUUGGUCUCUGUAUGAAGUUGAAGAAAAUUUUACCAACCAAUUCCCAAUUUCCCAUAUUUAGGCAUGAUUUGAAGUCCUCAAAGAGCAAUUGCUUGGCUAUUAUUAUUGGUGUUUGUAGACAAUCAGAAAGCAAGAACUGAUGCCAACAUGAAGCUCAGAUUGAUCCCAUUUUCAUGGUUUCAGUUAGAUUGUUUUUAGCAUGAAAUGUAAGCAAAUGCAGUAAUUAGAUUAUACUAGGGUGUGUAAAAAUAGAAAGCACGUAAAUGUAAAAGUUUAUGUGAGGGGAAAGAAGCGGUAACCUUUACUCAUAAUAGUAAAGUUGUUCUUACCUUAUGUGACUACAAAUACGACAUUCACA